AUGGUCCUUCCAGCGGUGAAGUUAGCAACCCUUGCCCUCAAAACCAUCUCCAAACCCAUUGCUAAUCGGCUCAAGCGAGAGGCUGGCUUGCACCCGCGAUUUAGGCAGUUCAUCGUUAACAUUGCCCAGGCAAAUCAUCGAUUUACAACAAAUGUGCAAAGACGGAUUUAUGGUCAUGCAACUGAUGUUGCAAUACGCCCACUGAACGAGGAGAAAGCUGUUGGAGGCGCUGCAGUUAUUUUUGAAGUGCAAAGAAGCUCAAGAUCAGAAGCAAGAAAGGAGGAGCUACGUAGACAGGAAUUAGAGGCAAUGAGACAAAGAGAUGAAGAUUUAGCAAGAGAAGUUGAGCUGCUGAAGAAAAAACUUGAAGAGCUGGAACAACUUGCCAAAGGACGAGGAAUUGCCGGAUUUUUCAACUUCAGGAAUGCUCAAGGCCCUGAGAAUGGAAAGGGUAAAAUCCCAGUUUGA